CACAAGACUCAGUGCUAGCCGAGACGCCUCACGACACGGUCGCCGGCCACUCCACGCCCCGACUCCGCCGACACGCGAUCAGUCGACAACAAACACACGCAACCGCUUUUGCGUUCGGAGAAAUUUUGUAUGCUGAGAAUUAUUAGGAACUUCUGCAAUAUGAAGCCGCCGGUGAACGCCACUCUCCUGCACGAUGUCGACAUCCCGACCAAGAAAGCCACAUUCGGUAUGGGAUGUUUCUGGUCCAACGACUCACUGUUCGGAGCCACACCGGGCGUCAUCCGGACCAGAGUAGGAUACUCUGGCGGCACCACCAAGAACCCACACUACAGAAGCCUCGGCGACCAUACAGAGGUGAUCGAGCUAGACUUCGACCCCAAAUCCGUCACUUUUGAAGAGCUUCUCGACAUGUUCUGGGCCAACCACGAGUACGGACUAACCACCAAGCUAAAGAGACAGUACCAAUCCAUGAUCCUAUACCACGACGAGGAGCAGCGUGAAGCGGCCGAGGCGUCUUACAAGGAGAUGACAACACGGUUCGGCCAGCUACGCACUGAGAUAGCACCGGCGUCCAUGUUCUACCCAGCUGAAGACUACCACCAAAAAUACCGGCUCCAAGGUCACAAGGACCUCUGCCGCAGCCUCGGCCUGGACUCCGCUAAACUCCAGACCUCGCACCUCGCGGCCCGGCUCAACGGCUACCUCGUAGGUGUGGGCGGUAAGGCCCAGUUUGAGGCUGAACUGGCGCGACUAGGCCUCAGUGAGAAGCAGGCCGAGUAUGUGAGGACGGAGAUUGACAGGAAUGAGGGCGGCGGGCUGGCUUGCUAGCGGGAUUUUUAUGAGUUUUGGAUGUAGGAAGCAGCUGAGGAUUUAUUAUUUGUUCCGUUAUAUAUUCGAGGUCUUUAUUGAGACUAUUGAGAGUAACGUCGUAGACGUCGCAAUACCAGUUCUAGACUUUUUUCGAGAGAGGCAAAAACUAAAAACUCUAAAAAUGUCAAAUGUGGCGCCCCAGGACUUAACGAAGUUCGAAUUUGGCGCCCCUCUUGGAAAAGGGCCCCGGCUAGCUUCCCUUAGAUCAGGGCCUGAGAUGUCGCAUCCAACCGAUAGAUACCGCCUCCGUUCGAUUUAAGUCUCACCGCGUCACGAUAAAGUUGUUGAGUAUAUCUGCUAUGGGGUCAUUCGACAAAGUCCCGCGUAUUAUACUGAAAACGCAUUUCCUUUUUCUUAAAUAAACUAAUAUGUGUGUUUAUAUGAUGGCCCAAAAUAGUUAAGCCAUAUACGGGACCUGUUAGGCUCUUAUUAAAAAAUAUAUACUUAUUUUAAUAGAUUCCUGAAGUCUUUUUCCACAAGACAACACUAAAUCUGAGUUGGAUAAAUCGGCCUAUCUGUGUACAAAUCUUCGGUAUCUUGAACAAAAUAGAGUACGUAGGUAACUUAUUUUGUUUUCAUGAGCACUUAUUUAUAAUUAAGCUUGGACCUCGUACGUAUUUUCUCAGCUGCUUUCUUCUGAAACAUAGAGCUAUAGCCACAUAGGCUAAUGCUGGACAAAGUGCCUCGGCAAGUCGGCAGUCCGCAGUUGUCACUUAUAACUUCUAUAGAUCUCAGUAGCUGCUGGUGAAAAUUUCUGCUAGACAACACUGAGCAAAAAGAAACCUACCUUAAAAUUAUGUACUUUACUAUUAAUAAAUUUUAGGCAAGCCGGUGGGAAUCGGCUUGUAUGGACCAGUCGUUGCUGAUAGAUCUAUCUAAAUGGGGUUAUAUUGU